UUAUAAAUUUGGAACUGCUUGAGAAAUUUGUUUGUGGCAAGGAGAGACUUAAGGAGAAAGCUGAGAUAAGGUACUCUUGCUUUGAGGAAAAAGAAAAAGAUCAAGAAAAUGGCCUCAGCAUCUCUGCUAAAGUCAUCUCCAGUUCUUGACAAAUCUGAGUUCGUUAAGGGGCAAACUCUUCGCCAAUCUUCCGUCUCAGUAAUCCGUUGCCACCCUACAACCGCCCCUUGUCUCACUGUCCGUGCCACUUCUUCCUAUGCUGAUGAGCUCGUCAAGACCGCUAAAACAAUUGCAUCACCAGGGCGUGGAAUAUUGGCGAUGGACGAGUCCAAUGCCACUUGCGGAAAGCGGUUGGCAUCCAUUGGGUUAGAGAACACUGAGGCUAACCGCCAAGCUUAUAGAACUUUGCUUAUAACAGCUCCAGGUCUUGGACAGUACGUCUCUGGUGCCAUUCUUUUCGAGGAGACUCUCUACCAAUCCACGACUGAUGGCCGCAAAAUGGUUGAUGUCCUUGUUGAACAAAAUAUUGUUCCUGGUAUCAAAGUUGACAAGGGUUUAGUGCCUCUAGCUGGUUCAAAUGAUGAGUCAUGGUGCCAAGGUCUAGACGGCCUCGCCUCUCGUACUGCUGCAUACUACCAACAAGGAGCUCGCUUUGCCAAAUGGCGUACAGUCGUGAGCAUUCCCAACGGACCAUCUGCAUUGGCAGUGAAGGAAGCAGCGUGGGGGUUGGCUCGCUAUGCUGCCAUUGCUCAAGACAGUGGUUUGGUCCCAAUUGUGGAGCCGGAAAUAUUGUUGGAUGGUGAACAUGGCAUUGACAGGACUUUUGAGGUUGCACAGCAGGUUUGGGCCGAGGUCUUCUUUUACCUCGCUGAGAACAAUGUCAUGUUUGAAGGUAUUCUCCUCAAGCCGAGUAUGGUCACUCCUGGUGCUGAAUGCAAAGACAGGGCAACUCCUGAGCAAGUUGCUGAUUAUACUCUCAAGCUUCUCCGCCGAAGAAUUCCCCCUGCUGUCCCUGGAAUCAUGUUCUUAUCUGGUGGACAAUCAGAAGUUGAGGCUACAUACAACUUGAAUGCCAUGAACCAAGCUCCAAACCCGUGGCACGUAUCUUUCUCAUAUGCGAGGGCUCUUCAAAACACUUGCUUGAAGACAUGGGGCGGACUCCCUGAGAACGUUAAGGCUGCUCAGGACGCGUUGCUGGUCAGAGCUAAGGCCAACUCUCUUGCUCAACUUGGCAAGUACACUGGCGAGGGAGAAUCAGACGAAGCUAAACAAGGAAUGUUCGUUAAGGGAUACGUUUACUAAGGGCAUCAAAGUCUUGAACAUGAAGAAGUGAAGAAAAACUAAUAAGGUGGAUGAUUAUAGUGUAGCAAGUGGAAUGCAAAAUUGUAAUCAGUAUUAACUAUGGAGAAGAGUAUUUUUGAGAUGAUUGAUUAUUUGUACUAUUUAACGACUUUACUAUUUUCUUGCUGAUUGAAACUACUAGUAGUAGUAUUUUAUUAAUGAAUCAUACACUACUGGUGGAACUGUUUCCUACAA